AUGUACGUCCUGCAUGGUCGCGGCUCCUCUUUCCAUACAUCACAUGUUUGGGGCUGCGCGGCCAUGAAUCGCUGUGUCCUCCACCUGCGGCUCCUCUCCUGCGGGAAUCGCUGCAGGCGCGUCUCCCCGUGGCCGCUGCAGCUCGCGGCCAGGCUCCGCGACCCUGCCCGCUUCCUAACCGGGAACGGGACUUCUGUCUGCCUGCCGUUGUCUGCUGCCUCUGUCCACCCUUCUCCCUGCCUCCACUCACGGCAUGCUGUCAAACGCCUCCUUCAACGCUUCAUCGCAUCACACGGUCGGCGGCCGCACACUUCAACGCCCACACGCUUCGCCGGAUCGCCACUUUGGUGGCCUGCAACGUUUUCGACGACGCUCUUCGGGGCCCGCACGCGUCGACACUCCACGCUUCGACUCGCUCCGUCCUACCUUCGACUCCUCCGCUACGCAUCGACUCCUCCUCCACGCAUCGACCCUCCUCCACGCAUCGACGUGCCUCCUCCACCAGCGACGCCUCCUCCACGCAUCGCCGCCUCCUCCACGCAUCGACACCUCCUCCAACUCAUCGACUCCUCCUCCACGCCAUCGACUCCGGCGCACGCAUCGACUACGCGGCGCACGAAUCGACCCGGCGCCGGCAUCGCCCCCUGCGCACGCAUCGACGACGGCGCACGCAUCGACGACGGCGCACGCAUCGACGACGGGCGUACACACUGCAUUGACGACCGGCGCAUCGAUCGACGACGGCGCACCCAUCCGACGACGUCUGGCGACAGAGCGCUAUACAGUGCCGCUCGAGCUGACCUGGAGAAGGGAAUCAAAAGAGCUAAGAAAGAUCAUAAGAGGAGAACAGAGUCCCACAUGUCCAGCAACAACCAUAGAGAAAUGUGGAGGAGCAUCCAAAACAUUACCAACUAUAGAGGCUGCAGUGCUACAGCUACAGGACUGAGCGCGACACUAGCGGAGGAGCUUAAUUGCUUCUUUGCUCGUUUUGAUAACCCCCCAUCUGCUCCUGGCCUGAACUCACCAUCAUUGGGUCGCUGUGUUACUCCAGCCCUGCUCCCACCUUUACACCGCUCUGACACUUCCCCUUUCACUGUUCAGGAGCACGAGUCUAAUCUAAUCUGUCUCCUCCUCUGUCUCCUCCUCAUUCUCCUCCUGUCUCCUCCUGUGUCUCCUCCUCUGUCUCCUCGUCUGUCUCCCCCUCUGUCUCCUCCUCUGUCUCCUCCUCUGUCUCCUCCUGUCUCCUCCUCUGUCUACCCCUCUGUCUCCUCCUCUGUCUCCUCCUCUGUCUCCUCGUCUGUCUCCCCCUCUGUCUCCUCCUCUGUCUCCUCCUCUGUCUCCUCCUCUGUCUCCUCCUCUGUCUACCCCUCUGUCUCCUCCUCUGUCUCCUCCUCUGUCUCCUCCUCUGUCUCCUCCUCUGUCUACCCCUCUGUCUCCUCCUCUGUCUCCUCCUCUGUCUCCUCCUCUGUCUCCUCCUCUGUCUCCUCCUCUGUCUCCUCCUCUGUCUCCUCCUCAUUCUCCUCCUCUGUCUCCCCCUCUGUCUCCUCCUCUGUCUCCUCCUCUGUCUCCCCCUCUGUCUCUCCCCCGUCCCCCCCUCUGUCUCUCCCCCGUCUCCCCCUCUGUCUCCCCCUCUGUCUCUCCCCCGUCUCCCCCUCUGUCUCCCACUCUGUCUCCUCCUGUGUCUCCUCCUCUGUCUCCUCCUCCUCUGUCUCUCCCCCGUCUCCUCCUCUGUCUCCCCCUCUGUCUCCUCCUCUGUCUCCCCCUCUGUCUCCUCCUCUGUCUCCUCCUCUGUCUCCCCCUCUGUCUCUCCCCCGUCUCUCCCUCUGUCUCUCCCCCGUCUCCCCCUCUGUCUCCCACUCUGUCUCCUCCUGUGUCUCCUCCUCUGUCUCCUCCUCCUCUGUCUCUCCCCCGUCUCCUCCUCUGUCUCCUCCUCUGUCUCCUCCUCUGUCUCCCCCUCUGUCUCCUCCUCUGUCUCCUCGUCUGUCUCCCCCUCUGUCUCCCCCUCUGUCUCCUCCUCUGUCUACCCCUCUGUCUCCUCCUCUGUCUCCUCCUCUGUCUCCUCCUCAUUCUCCUCCUCUGUCUCUCCUCUGUCUCCUCCUCUGUCUCCUCCUCUGUCUCCCCCUCUGUCUCCUCCUCUGUCUCCUCGUCUGUCUCCCCCUCUGUCUCCUCCUCUGUCUCCUCCUCUGUCUCCUCCUCUGUCUACCCCUCUGUCUCCUCCUCUGUCUCCUCGUCUGUCUCCCCCUCUGUCUCCUCCUCUGUCUCCUCCUCUGUCCCCCCCUCUGUCUCCUCCUCUGUCUCCUCCUCAUUCUCCUCCUCUGUCUCCCCCUCUGUCUCCUCCUCUGUCUCCUCCUCUGUCUCCCCCUCUGUCUCUCCCCCGCCCCCCCUCUGUCUCUCCCCCGUCUCCCCCUCUGUCUCCCACUCUGUCUCUCCCCCGUCUCCCCCUCUGUCUCCCACUCUGUCUCCUCCUGUGUCUCCUCCUCUGUCUCCUCCUCUGUCUCCUCCUCUGUCUCCCCCUCUGUCUCUCCCCCGUCUCCCCCUCUGUCUCUCCCCCGUCUCCCCCUCUGUCUCCCACUCUGUCUCCUCCUGUGUCUCCUCCUCUGUCUCCUCCUCCUCUGUCUCUCCCCCGUCUCUCCUCUGUCUCCUCCUCUGUCUCCCCCUCUGUCUCCUCCUCUGUCUCCCCCUCUGUCUCCUCCUCUGUCUCCUCGUCUGUCUCCCCCUCUGUCUCCCCCUCUGUCUCCCCCUCUGUCUCCUCCUCUGUCUCCUCCUCUGUCUCCUCCUCUGUCUCCUCCUCUGUCUACCCCUCUGUCUCCUCCUCUGUCUCCUCCUCUGUCUCCUCCUCAUUCUCCUCCUCUGUCUCCUCCUCUGUCUCCUCCACCGUCUCCUCCUCUGUCUCCCCCUCUGUCUCCUCCUCUGUCUCCCCCUCUGUCUCCUCCUCUGUCUCCUCCUCUGUCUCCUCCUCUGUCUCCUCCUCUGUCUCCUCCUCUGUCUCCUCCUCUGUCUACCCCUCUGUCUACCCCUCUGUCUCCUCCUCUGUCUCCUCCUCUGUCUCCUCCUCUGUCUCCCCCUCUGUCUUCUCCUCUGUCUUCUCCUCUGUCUCCUCCUCUGUCUCCUCCUCUGUCUCCUCCUCUGUCUCCUCCUCUGUCUCCCCCUCUGUCUCCUCCUCUGUCUUCUCCUCUGUCUCCUCCCCCGUCACCUCCUCUGUCUCCCCCUCUGUCUCCUCCUCUGUCUCCCCCUCUGUCUCCUCCUCUGUCUCCUCCUCUGUCUCCUCCUCCGUCGACCCCUCUGUCUCCUCCCCCGUCUCCUCCUCUGUCUCCUCCUCUGUCUCCUCCUCAUUCUCCUCCUCUGUCUCCUCCUCUGUCUCCCCCUCUGUCUCCUCCUCUGUCUCCCCCUCUGUCUCCUCCUCUGUCUCCUCCUCUGUCUCCCCCUCUGUCUCCUCCUCUGUCUUCUCCUCUGUCUCCUCCCCCGUCACCUCCUCUGUCUCCCCCUCUGUCUCCUCCUCUGUCUCCCCCUCUGUCUCCUCCUCUGUCUCCUCCUCCGUCGACCCCUCUGUCUCCUCCCCCGUCUCCUCCUCUGUCUCCUCCUCUGUCUCCUCCUCUGUCUCCUCCUCUGUCUCCUCCUCUGUCUCCCCCUCUGUCUCCUCCUCUGUCUCCCCCUCUGUCUCCUCCUCUGUCUCCUCCUCUAAAACGUGUAGAGAAGAAACUCCCAGCCUCGAUGGAGGUGCAGAAGGUCAAAGGUCUCGUCCACAGACUCCUCAAAGUCUCAACGACAGAACUGCGGCUGACCUACACCUCCCCCAAGAAACCCGGCACAGAGUUCCCGUUGGACAAAGAUCUUCAGAGUCUGGACUUUCACUCAAUUAAAGAUGGAGACACGCGGAACCACCUCCUCAUCAACGUGAGGAAGACCAAGAAGAUGAACCACCUCCUCAUCAACGUGAGGAAGACCAAGGAGAUGAACCACCUCCUCAUCAACGUGAGGAAGACCAAGAAGAUGAACCACCUCCUCAUCAACGUGAGGAAGACCAAGAAGAUGAACCACCUCCUCAUCAACGUGAGGAAGACCAAGAAGAUGAACCACCUCCUCAUCAACGUGAGGAAGACCAAGAAGAUGAACCACCUCCUCAUCAACGUGAGGAAGACCAAGAAGAUGAACCACCUCCUCAUCAACGUGAGGAAGACCAAGGAGAUGAACCACCUCCUCAUCAACGUGAGGAAGACCAAGAAGAUGAACCACCUCCUCAUCAACGUGAGGAGGACCAAGGAGAUGAACCACCUCCUCAUCAACGUGAGGAAGACCAAGGAGAUGAACCACCUCCUCAUCAACGUAAGGAAGACCAAGGAGAUGAACCACCUCCUCAUCAACGUGAGGAAGACCAAGGAGAUGAACCACCUCCUCAUCAACGUGAGGAAGACCAAGGAGAUGAACCACCUCCUCAUCAACGUGAGGAAGACCAAGGAGAUGAACCACCUCCUCAUCAACGUGAGGAAGACCAAGAAGAUGAACCACCUCCUCAUCAACGUGAGGAAGACCAAGAAGAUGAACCACCUCCUCAUCAACGUGAGGAAGACCAAGAAGAUGAACCACCUCCUCAUCAACGUGAGGAAGACCAAGGAGAUGAACCACCUCCUCAUCAACGUGAGGAAGACCAAGGAGAUGAACCACCUCCUCAUCAACGUGAGGAAGACCAAGGAGAUGAACCACCUCCUCAUCAACGUGAGGAAGACCAAGGAGAUGAACCACCUCCUCAUCAACGUGAGGAAGACCAAGGAGAUGAACCACCUCCUCAUCAACGUGAGGAGGACCAAGGAGAUGAACCACCUCCUCAUCAACGUGAGGAAGACCAAGGAGAUGAACCACCUCCUCAUCAACGUGAGGAAGACCAAGGAGAUGAACCACCUCCUCAUCAACGUGAGGAAGACCAAGGAGAUGAACCACCUCCUCAUCAACGUGAGGAAGACCAAGGAGAUGAACCACCUCCUCAUCAACGUGAGGAAGACCAAGGAGAUGAACCACCUCCUCAUCAACGCGGGGAAGACCAAGGAGAUGAACCACCUCCUCAUCAACGUGAGGAAGACCAAGAAGAUGAACCACCUCCUCAUCAACGUGAGGAAGACCAAGGAGAUGAACCACCUCCUCAUCAACGUGAGGAAGACCAAGGAGAUGAACCACCUCCUCAUCAACGUGGGGAAGACCAAGGAGAUGAACCACCUCCUCAUCAACGUGGGGAAGACCAAGGAGAUGAACCACCUCCUCAUCAACGUGAGGAGGACCAAGGAGAUGAACCACCUCCUCAUCAACGUGAGGAAGACCAAGGAGAUGAACCACCUCCUCAUCAACGUGAGGAAGACCAAGGAGAUGAACCACCUCCUCAUCAACGUGAGGAGGACCAAGGAGAUGAACCACCUCCUCAUCAACGUGAGGAAGACCAAGGAGAUGAACCACCUCCUCAUCAACGUGAGGAAGACCAAGGAGAUGAACCACCUCCUCAUCAACAAGACCAAGGAGAUGAACCACCUCCUCAUCAACGUGAGGAAGACCAAGGAGAUGAACCACCUCCUCAUCAACGUGAGGAAGACCAAGAAGAUGAACCACCUCUUCAUCAACGUGAGGAAGACCAAGGAGAUGAACCACCUCCUCAUCAACGUGAGGAAGACCAAGGAGAUGAACCACCUCCUCAUCAACGUGAGGAAGACCAAGGAGAUGAACCACCUCCUCAUCAACGUGAGGAAGACCAAGGAGAUGAACCACCUCCUCAUCAACGUGAGGAAGACCAAGGAGAUGAACCACCUCCUCAUCAACGUGAGGAAGACCAAGGAGAUGAACCACCUCCUCAUCAACAUGAGGAAGACCAAGGAGAUGAACCACCUCCUCAUCAACGUGAGGAAGACCAAGGAGAUGAACCACCUCCUCAUCAACAUGAGGAAGACCAAGGAGAUGAACCACCUCCUCAUCAACAUGAGGAAGACCAAGGAGAUGAACCACCUCCUCAUCAACGUGAGGAAGACCAAGGAGAUUAACCACCUCCUCAUCAACGUGAGGAAGACCAAGGAGAUGAACCACCUCCUCAUCAACGUGAGGAAGACCAAGGAGAUGAACCACCUCCUCAUCAACGUGAGGAAGACCAAGGAGAUGAACCACCUCCUCAUCAACGUGAGGAAGACCAAGGAGAUGAACCACCUCCUCAUCAACGUGAGGAAGACCAAGGAGAUGAACCACCUCCUCAUCAACGUGAGGAAGACCAAGGAGAUGAACCACCUCCUCAUCAACGUGAGGAAGACCAAGGAGAUGAACCACCUCCUCAUCAACGUGAGGAAGACCAAGGAGAUGAACCACCUCCUCAUAAACGUGAGGAAGACCAAGGAGAUGAACCACCUCCUCAUCAAUGUGAGGAAGACCAAGGAGAUGAACCACCUCCUCAUCAACAUGAGGAAGACCAAGGAGAUGAACCACCUCCUCAUCAACGUGAGGAAGACCAAGGAGAUGAACCACCUCCUCAUCAACGUGAGGAAGACCAAGGAGAUGAACCACCUCCUCAUCAACGUGAGGAAGACCAAGGAGAUGAACCACCUCCUCAUCAACGUGAGGAAGACCAAGGAGAUGGACCACCUCCUCAUCAACGUGAGGAAGACCAAGGAGAUGAACCACCUCCUCAUCAACGUGAGGAAGACCAAGGAGAUGAACCACCUCCUCAUCAACGUGAGGAAGACCAAGGAGAUGAACCACCUCCUCAUCAACGUGAGGAAGACCAAGGAGAUGAACCACCUCCUCAUCAACGUGAGGAAGACCAAGAAGAUGAACCACCUCCUCAUCAACGUGAGGAAGACCAAGGAGAUGAACCACCUCCUCAUCAACGUGAGGAAGACCAAGAAGAUGAACCACCUCCUCAUCAACGUGAGGAAGACCAAGGAGAUGAACCACCUCCUCAUCAACGCGGGGAAGACCAAGGAGAUGAACCACAUCCUCAUCAACGUGAGGAAGACCAAGGAGAUGAACCACCUCCUCAUCAACGUGAGGAAGACCAAGGAGAUGAACCACCUCCUCAUCAACGUGAGGAAGACCAAGGAGAUGAACCACCUCCUCAUCAACGUGAGGAAGACCAAGGAGAUGAACCACCUCCUCAUCAACGCGGGGAAGACCAAGGAGAUGAACCACCUCCUCAUCAACGUGAGGAAGACCAAGAAGAUGAACCACCUCCUCAUCAACGUGAGGAAGACCAAGGAGAUGAACCACCUCCUCAUCAACGUGAUGAAGACCAAGGAGAUGAACCACCUCCUCAUCAACACGCUGCUCCCUCUUUACCACAACGGUCCGAUACAGCUCUGA